UUAGUUUUUCAACUCACGAUGCAUGUAAUGUAAUGUAACGUAAGCGGCAUGGUAGUUUCUUCGGGAAAUUCUAUCAUCUAGUGCUGACUGUCAUGAACAUUUGAUCAUUUUCUUCGUUUGCAUUUCGCCGCUUGAAACUAGUCAUGUUUCGGAAUUAUCGAGUUCUUCUCAGGACGAGUCCACUUCAUAAACGUAGCUAUCGGUUCGAAAACCACUCCUGUUUUCACAGUCAGUUGCUCAGGCAAGGCAUCCAGCAGUCAAAUCUCCUAAACAAACAGUGCACAAUUGUCUUGAGAACUUUAUCUACAUCACCAGGAUUAUUACAAGCUGCUGAAAAAAUUUUGGAGGAAAGCGCAAAGAAAGCUACAGAACCAGUCACAGCAUCCACAGGAGCCUCACCAGUUAAACCAUCUGAAGGGACAUCAUCAACAGUUCUAGAAGCAACGACUGUCACACCAGCUGCAGAUAGCUCAGCAGCUGCCUCCAUUGCACAACCCCUCUCCAGUGACACUUUAAUAGAUACCUUAGCCGUUGCAGUAAAUUCUGUAAACCCCACUCUACAGGAUUUAGGAGUAGGGAAAACGACGACUCCAGUAGGAUGGGUACAAAUAACAUUAGACUGGCUCCAUACUUCCUGCGAUUUACCUUGGUGGCUUACCAUCGUCAUCUGCACGUGCGUCAUUCGAACCGUCUUAUUUCCCGUUUAUGUCAAGACUCAGAUAAAUGCUGCUAAUAUGUCAAAAUUCAUGCCCAGGACUCAAGAGUUGAACCAGGAACUAACAUUGGCACGCAAAAGAGGUGACCAGUUGGAAGUUGCAAGAGUCAGUCAGGAGCUUCACAACUAUAUGAAGGAACAUGGAAUCAAUCCUUUGAAAUCAAUGCUGCUACCGAUGAUCCAGGCACCCAUCUUUUUAUGUUUCUUCCUCGGACUUCGCGGGAUGGCCAACGCUCCAGUACCAAGUAUGAGGGAGGGAGGCUUGUUUUGGUUUACAGAUCUCACAGUUGCUGAUCAGUACUACUUACUCCCUCUAAUAACCAGCGCAACUUUGUUUUUGACUCUAGAGUUAGGUGCGGAAUUUGGUAAAAUGCAAGCUGGAAUGGGACCAUGGAUGAAGUAUAUACUCCGAGCUAUACCUGUAGCUCUUUUCCCGUUCACCCUGCAUUUUCCCACAGCAGUCUGCGUCUACUGGACGACAACCAAUACCUUCUCCCUGGUCCAGGUUAUAGUUCUUAAAAUUCCGGGCCUUAAAGACAAAUUAGGAAUCCCGGCUGUGGCGCCAGCUGCAAAGAAGUUGGAUUCAAAGAAAACUUUCGUCGAAGAAGUGAAAUCUUCUUGGUCUAACAUGAAAGUCGUCCAGGAACUAAAGGAAAGGGAAAGAAUUGAUGCAAUAGCAUUUGCCCGCGCUGGAAGAGAAGCACCGGUCAAAACAUACAAGUAUGAUCCAACUAAAAUCCGUGCCGUGAGGGCCAAGAAAGCAUGAAAUUAAUUUAGUGCUCGCUUGAGGAAGUCUGUAUUGUUCUGCGUAUAGUUAUUUUAUCAAUAAUUGUAACAUAGCAGAGAUGAGAAAAUUCUGACAAUUUUUUCCACUAAAUCAAUCUGUUUACCAGCUUUUCAGAAGAAUUUAUACAAGUCGGGCUAGAUAUUGUUUGAUUUUCUAAUUCUGUGACAGACGGGAGCUUCAAGAAAAGUCCACAUAGAUAUUCCUAUUUUUAAUCUCAAAAGCCAUCAAUCUGUCUUUGUGCAACAGCUAUUGAUAUGAAAACGUUUACAAUGUAUGUCGCCUUCUUGAUGGUAUGUACCUCCAUCUGUGCAUUAGCAUUUAAGUGUUCUUAGAAAAGUGUUCCCAGAGUCCAUGCCAACUAAGUUUACGUACUUUUAGACUGCAACAGAAGAUCUUCUGACAUCGUUUUUGCAUGGGAAGCAAAUGCAAGAAUAAGAUAGUAGAUCUCCUGUUGCAGUCCACAAGUGCAGAAGUGUAGUUGACGCAGACUCUAACAGGGUUUUAGCAAAGGUUCUAUUAUUUUUUGGAGCAAAGACCGAAGUAACAGUUGGAAGUAGUUUCAUCAGCACUAUUAUAUGAGAACCUUGAUGUUGAAUGGUGCUUCUUUUUCACAUAGUUUGAUCAAAGUUCAAUGGUAAAACGGGUGAUGAAAAAGAUAACUGUGCAAACAUCUGAAGCUUCAAGUGAAAAUUAGACCUAAGGUAAGAACUUUACUUUGAUUCAAGACAACCUCGCUUGUACAUGAACCAUGAAUAUUAGUUUAAUAGUUCAGUUUCAUUCAAUAUUUUCUGAUAUCCGGCUAAAAUCCGUUCGAUAUUUACCUGCAGUAUUAUAUCUCAAAUGAAAAUACCUAAGGUACGUCUUGUGACAUCUUUCAUUGCUGCAAAUCUUGAAGAAACCGCCCACCCUUAAUUUACAAGAUGAUUUUCGGGUUCAGAUUCAGGUAAAAAAUUGCUUUGAAAACUUCAGGGACUGUAUGGCAUGCUGUAAGAAAGAGUGGAUUUUUCCUAUUGUUUACUUUCUCUCCUGUUCACAAGUUUCCAUGGCCAUUAAAACAAAAAUCUCAAUUAGCCGUACACUUUUGAAGAGAUUUGUUCUCUCUUUUACCUCUUUUGGAUGGAGAAAGUAUUGUUUUUUGUUUCUUUCUUCUGUUAAUCUUAAAGGUAAAGUUUUAAUUAGGAGCAGAAAUCGCUCCUAUGUUUCUAAUGCAUGUUGCUAUAUGUGUCGUGAAAAAAAGUAACAGACUUUUUCUCGUUUUGGUCAGAGAAAAUUGGAAAAAUUCUGUGAGUUUUUUUCCUACAACUCAAUGUAUGAUACUCUGACACUAAUUUUGCUUCAUCAAAAGAGAUUUGUUGAUCCGGUGUAUUGAUAGUGACAAUCGAUUUUUGCCCAGUACGAAUGGCCAACCUUUCAAAACUUGUUUACCACAAGCUUCACUAAUUUGCCUAAUGGACAUAGGAAGAAGUGUUUAUUUCCCUCAGAAUAUUGCGUCAACACUCACUUUUGUUUAUGUAUUGCAUUUUCUCUUGAACUUUUCUCAAUUCUGAUGGACCUCAGACAAGUGAAUGUUUUUUUAUUAUUAUUAUGAUAUUACUGUAAGAUUUCCCUACAGUUUGAUACUAAUGUAAGAACAUAUUCAUGCUUGACCUCAGUACUUAUUUUUUGUAUAAGCCUUUUCCCCCGCUGAAAAUUUAGUCUCCUCUUUUGUAAUAAUGACACCGGUUAAGACAGAACUCCAGCAAAAGUUUAGUCAUUUGUUACAUUGACAUAACUGUACUGUUAUACCCUGUUUAAUAUUUUUUUUCGCAGAAAAAAGAAAUUAAAACAGUUUUCUUUUUCAA